AACGUCAAUGUCAACAACAGCAGUCUUUCGUUAGGCCACGAUUUUUCGAGUGGAAGUGAUUUUUAAUAUUAAAUGAUAAAUCGACAAAUGUUUAUGUCCUUCACGAUCGCAGGAACUACCAGGAGGAGUAAACACAGAUAUUUUUAAGUUAGAUAGAGUAGAAACUAAUUUCUGUUGUUAAGUGGUGCACAAAAAGUAAUAUAACCAUGCCGCCGAAGAAAGCACCCGCUGCUACCAGCAGCAAAAAGACUGAGCAAAAAAAGAAGGAGAAAGUUAUUGAGGACAAGACAUUUGGAUUAAAAAACAAAAAGGGUGCAAAACAGCAGAAGUUCAUCCAGCAAGUAGAGAAGCAGGUGAAGAGUGGCGGCAUCCACCCCGCCAAGCCCAUGGAUGACAAAAAGAAGGAUAAGGAACAAAAGUUGAAAGAACAGAAAGAGUUGUCACUGCUCUUCAAACCCGUCCAAACACAGAAGGUUGAGAAAGGUAUUGACCCGAAAUCAGUGGUGUGCGCUUUCUUCAAACAGGGCCAGUGUACGAAAGGGGACAAGUGUAAAUUCUCUCAUGACUUGACCAUUGAAAGAAAGGCUGAGAAGAGGUCGCUGUAUGUAGAUAUGAGGGACGACGAUGAAGACACCAUGGAUAAUUGGGAUGAGGACAAACUGAAAGAAGUUGUGGAGAAGAAACACGCGGAAGAGAAGUCGAGACCUUCUACUGACAUUAUAUGCAAGCACUUUUUGGAAGCAGUCGAGAAAUCCAAGUACGGUUGGUUCUGGGAGUGUCCGUCCGGUGGCAAAUGUAUAUACAGACACGCUCUGCCAGCCGGCUUCGUCCUCAAGCGCGAUAAAAAGAAGAUGGAGGACAAAAAGAACGAGAUCUCGCUCGUGGACCUCAUUGAGAGGGAGAGGGCGGCGCUGGGGUCAAGCCAGACGAAGAUCACGCUGGAAACCUUCCUCGCGUGGAAGAAGAAGAAAAUCAAAGAGAAACAGGAUGCCCUCAUCAAAGCGGAGGAACAGAAACGCACGGACUUCAAAGCGGGUCGGGCGGUCGGUCUGUCCGGGAGGGAGAUGUUCUCCUUCGACCCAGCGCUGGCUGAGGACGCGGACGAUGACGACGAGGCCUUCGACCUCCGGAACUACGACCAGGAGUCUGAUGACGACCAGGACGUCACGGAGUAUAGGAACAUAGAGCUGGAGCUUAUUGGAAUGGAGGCCUCGGAGGUGGACGACACUGGCACAAAAGCAACAGAAGACCGACUCCACCACGUCAACCAGGGUAUGGAGAAUGGAGUCACAGCACCAGAUGAUGAUAAUGAUGACAACUCCCAAGAAGGAGCGGUACCUAUCAACGAGAACCUCUUCCUCGACGAAGAUCUUGACGAGGAGUUACAGAAUCUAGAUUUGGAAGAUUAGGUCCUGGAGCCCAUAGAGUCAGAUUAUACCAUGACGGGAAAGAGGGGCUGGAAUUCCCGACAACACAGUGCUAAAAUAAUACGAUAAAUAAAAUAAAACGACAGUUGAAUAUCAGAGAGGUCGAAUGAUUAUCGAUUUAAUAAAAAAUCAAAAUUCUAUUUAUAUUUU